AUGUUGUACGCCGUUCAACCUUCCUUUCCGCCAGUCGAAUUAUUCUGGACCGGCAUGGAGCCCGUCAAAGCCAAAAUGGCCCCCACAGGGAUGCCCCCGGUGACCGGGGUCCUGCAGCCACCCGCGGGCUCGACGCUGUCAGGGAGCACGAUGGCGAACUACAAGAAAAGUUGGUGGAGAAGAGUGGCCCCCUGCUUGGCGUUUCUCGCUGCUUUUUCCACCGCCAUGGCCUUGCUACUCGUCUGGAGCGAGGCUGCGGCCUUGAGGCGGCAAGCUUUCGACGCGAACAUGACCAGGGACUACGUGUUAAACAGCGUCUCGAUGGACAAUCCUGAAUUGGUCGCGUACAUCAGGGAGGUGCAAUUGAAGCCUACCACGCAACAGGACCCGUUAAAUGCCACCCAAACAACAGAGGAGAGGUACGUCGCGGGAUUGACCGAGGGAAAACGCGAGGGUGUCUACGUGGAGUACAUCAGCAGGAUAGGCGCCAUCUCCAGCACAGGCUGGCUAGAGCGUAAUCUAAGUUGGAGAGGCGUGCUGGUCCUGACCGAUCCCAGGAGCUUCUUCGAGGCACACAGAAGCACUAGGAAUCCAAAAACAAGAGUUCUGCAUGCUUGUCUCAGCACCGAUAAGGAUACCAAAGAGAUUACUUAUCACCAGGAAUCCGAGGUUCAAGUUACCAAGUUGGGCGAGGGUCCCAACAGUCUCGUGUCGUCUGACGAGGGUCUGCCUACCACGAGAUUGAAAUGCUUCCCUUUGUACAGCGUUCUGUUGGCCUACAGUGCCACCACAUUGGAUUACCUGAGUCUGGAUAGUCCGGAUGCUCAAGACGGUCAGGUGCUCGAUACGAUUCCAUGGGACACGACGAGGAUAUCCGUGGUGUCUAUCCGUUGGAGUCCUCACCACAGCGAAGCAGAGACGAAAAGUCUGAUCGACAAGAUGACCAGCAGACGGUACAAGCUGAUGUACACCAGCGACUCCGGGAAAUUGAUCUUUCUGUACAACGCGUUGCAUAAGAUUUGA